AUGAACGAGUUAGGGACUUACUUUGGCGCUGUCCUCGGUUUACGACCUUCUACGAUGCAAGGGUGUCCUCCGGUUGCACAACGUUUACAAGUACUAGCUCCAUCCGGAAAGUCGCAUUUCAUCUGUAACGUCAACCGGAGACCAGUGCAAACAGAUCGAACGAAUAUGUGCGGAUCAUUCAAUCGAAGCCAGGGGUACGGUCAUUUCGGGAGGUUAAAUUCCGACAAUCAAAGUGAUCAGGACGGGCCGGCAAUACGGCGCAUAAAUGUGCGGGGACCCGUAACAGCCCCAGAAAGGAGAAGCGGUGGUCCAAAAGGGGGUCCGAAAGUGAGGGCACGAGUUUUCGUCGAGGCAGAUGAGACACCAAUGCAUGUUCGGAGCAGAAUUGCAAAGAUCAAUUCAUGGUAUAUAGGAGAACGUGAAUUUGAUCAAAGGGCCAAGCCAUUGCGCCAAGUGAAAUCAGCCGCAACAGAAGGUUGGAAUGGAAAGAUGAAAGAUUUAUCAACACAGAACAUAGCCAUCCGCACCAAGGGUAGGAACACCGAUGAAAAAGGCAACAAAGUAGCGCGACGUCAGCGGAAAUUGCGUGACAAAGAAAGACAGCACCGCAACCAGAACCACAACAUAAGGAUGGAGCGCAGCGAGAAAGCAAUGUUCCGCCCAGCAUACAAGAUCAUGCGUGCCAUCAAGGUCAUACACACGUCCAGUAACACCGUUAAACAGUCACCAGACAGAAACAUGGAGUCGAAUCCAAUGUUAAUCGAGUUGGUUGAUAUCGAGGCCAGCAAUUGA